UAUAAACUGAGGGAAUGGAGCCCAGUGCACCUCACAUCCAACCAGAAAACUGCAAGGAAGGGGAAGCAUUGCCUAGAGCUAGGAGAGAAGAAGAAGAGGAGGAGGAAGAAGAAGAAAAAGAAGCAGCAUCACUCCUCAUUCCCUCAUCAGCCUCUUUAUCUGUCUGGGUUUGACCCUUAACCUUAUGGACUAGAUUCUUCCUCAGGUGAAUUCUUCAGUGUGGGAUCCUUUUGUUGUUUUUGUUUGUACUCUCAUCAAGAUGCAGGCACAGUUAGCGUGUAUGCUUCUCCUCUGUUUCACAUAUGGUGGACUUUGUACAGAUGUCGACCAGGAGCAGCGAGCACUAGAAGAGGAGCUGCUCAGCAGUCUCUUCACUUCUAAGAUGAAACAGAAUAAGCAGGGUGCCCCCUACUGGCGCGUGUCUCUCGCCAACCUGUGCAGGAUGGUGAGCGGCCUGCGGCAGGAGUCGUGGAGCGGUGAGGAGCAGGAGGAUGGCGAGAUGAGGGAGGGGAGCCUCCAGCUGCUGGAGGAGCUGUACAGCCUGCAACACAUCUGCAGAGCGCUGCAGAGCCGGGAGGAGAGGCUACUCCACGACUCUCUAGAAUAUUUAGAGGAGAACAAUGACACUCCGCUGAAGCGAAAAUCACCCUACAUCCUGAAGAGGCAAGCAGCGCACACCACCAAGUCCCGGAGGCCUUACAUCUUAAAACGAAGUACAAUUUACUGACAACCAUCUCCCAGAGGCCGAGAUGCUGUUUAAGGGACAAGACCAUAUACUUUCUGUGAAGAUGUGAUUGUGUUUCUUUUCUCUCUCUUCCUGUAGCUGCAAUGUUUUUUCUUUCCCCAUUGUUGUUUUUAUCCAGUCAGACCCUUGGAUCGUACGUUCAGCACUGAGGCCUGUCUGUGUUCUGCUCCUUUCAAAUAUAGGUCCUGAAAAUAAAAUCCUGAGCAUCAAACAAAAUGUGUAUCUCUGAGAAACUAUAUUUAUUUACUCUAUUUCUUCUCUGCACACUAAGUCUAUUUUGUUUCAGGAUAUGAUUAAAGGAUUCAUGAUACAAAACCAG